GUUAGUUUUCCUUCUCUGCCUCUAUACUCUGGUCAUUUACACUGUCUUUGCAUUAACGUUGGUUAUCAUAACUAUGACUUCUUGUGAUAAAGAUCAAUUAGAUGAACUGCUUAAAAAAGGCCAGGCAGUUACUGCAACGCUCAAUCGUAUUGACGAUAUAAAUCAAAUGGAUGGCCUGAUUAAAAAAGGGCAAACUGAUGCUGCAAAGCUCAGCCAAGACUACUGCAGAACUGAGCUGGAUGAACUUCUGAAACAAGGUCAAACGAUUAUUCAAAACCUCAGCCAUGACGGUCCCAAAGUUCGACUGGACGAGGUCCUAAAUCAAAGCAGAGAGCUUAUUGAACAGCUGAACCAGAAUGACCAUAUGGUCCAUCCAGUUUCGGCACAGAAAAAUUCAAGAAAGUCCACUUAUAAAGUAAGGUCAAGAAAGAGAGAUAAACCCAUAUUUGUGAAUAAAUCCAGACAAAUCCCCAAGCCAUCUAUAUCCACCCAUCAUGCUCGACUUUUACCAAUGGCGCUACCAGUUUCCAUCUGCCAGUGUGGAGAGAAAAAGUACAGUGUUGGAAAAGGAAGGUCCAUUACUGUUAUCAACAUGAAAGGUCGCUAUGAUCUUUCAAUACCCCGGCUUUACUGUGAAAGAUGCCAAGAAAAUUGGGUACCGGGUUUGAGAGAAGUUCAGGAUACUGGCUACUGGCCUGGCACAAUUAAUUUCAGCACACUUUAUGAUUUUGAAGUAUUCCUGUCCUUUGAGGAUUUGAAAAUGGCUGCCCCUGGAUUGUCUCGUUUAGCAUUCAUUAGAAUGCUUGACAUGAAGACGGCACACUAUGGCAGGAGUGGAAAUCUGUGUGGGGAUGCUUUUUACAAGAGCUUUCUUGAGUGGUCUAUCUGUCGAUAUGAAGUUGACAAGAUCUGUGGCACACAACAUUUCAAGUGUACUGCUUGCACCCCUCUCAUGCUACCAGUUGCAGUCGAUGGCAACCGCAAACUUCACCGCUUCAAAAAGGCUGGAAAUUCAAAGGAAUCUGGCUACUUUGAUGGAGUGUUCCUCUGCAAGGAUGAAGAUGUUUCCUUGUUUGUUGAUGAUAUCCGCAAAAAAGUACCACAUCUGCUAAAGAGUCUUCAAGAAAGAGCAGCAGUAGAUUAGAUGAGGAGGGAAUUGAGGUGGCUGUCUGCAGGCAUGGUGUUCUUUUGAGAGCACUGAAUAUGUUCAGAGGAGAGAUAUAUGCAUAUCCAUUGUAUCUGCAUAAGGAGCUUUGCAACUGAAAAUGUCACAUUUUUCUGUGCUGACAUAAUGUGUAAAUACUGGCCCUACUUGAUCAAAGUGUGCAGGGUCUGCCCGGAACUAAGGAACCUUCUCCAUCAAAAGCCAUUCCUCUCAGUCAUGCAUGCUAAAGUACAUGGAAUAAAAUGUGAGAUCAAAUGGAGUGGUAGCUAUCAAACUGGUGCUGCCUAUACCAUGGGAGAGGAAGUGGAGCAGGCAAAUAGCUUUUUGUCAAGGAUUGCUAUAAGCACAAAGUUCAUGUCUAAAGCCGGUCGUACAGACAUGCUCACACUGCAGUGCAUUGGGUGGAACAAAAUCAAAGUCCAAAACAUGUGCAAAGACAUAGGAAGAGUGUUUAGACUCGGCAGAAUCUCGAAAAGGAGAAAGAAAGCCUUGAGGACAUGAAAAGUGAACUGGCCGUGGAUAAUGAAGUCAUCAAGCAGUGGGUCACAGAAGUGCAGGAGUGGGCCCACACUGCAACAUCUGGGGACAACGAUGUUCCUGUCGAACCAUUAAUGAACACGAUUGAGGAGAUGGCUGUCAGCAUCAAACAACGACGUCAUCAUCUUUACAGACACACCGCCACAAACAAAGGGAGAAACAAGAUAAGAAGAAAAAUCAAUUUGGAGAAAAAAAAGCUGGCUACUGCAAUUGAACAGCAUAAUGCUCUUGUUGACCCUUUGUUGAAGAUUGUGUCCAUUGAAGAUGUUCUCGAAACGGAUUAUGUUUUUCCAUGGCAGGUGUCAAGGCAAGACUCUGUCAAUCUCUUAACAAAGAAGAAGGUUUUUGACAAGGUCAUGCUAAUUCAGCGACUGGAGGAGGAACAGGUCAUUCUUGUCCAAGAGGCAAAACAACACUGGCUUUCUAUGCAAAGUCGGCAGGACAAGAUGACCAGUUUGCUUGACACAAUCAACGCUGGUGGAAACCCUUGGAAUCUUUCAGAAGAGGGGAUUCAAGGGCUUCACUGUAUGUUGCAGAGACGACUAGACCAGCUUACAGCUCACCGGGACACUCUAAAAAAGAGCUAUCAAAUGAUAGACAACAUGACAACUUGCAGUACUGUGGAAGAUGAAUACGUAAGCUGUCUGGAAGACCAUCUUUCCAGCAGUACUGAUCAGAGCUCUGAUGAAGAUGAUACAUCUGUUUAUUAGCAAUGUGUGUUAACAUUGUGUGUGUGGGUGUGAGCAUGUGCGUUCAUCUAUGUUUGUUAGUUUGAGGCAUGAGAAAAAAUAAAUAUUAAAUAGAUAUUCAACAAUUCUA